AUGACUCAUGUUCCGUUUUUCUCUCCUAGUAAAGAUCAAAACAUGAUUUUUACAAAUUUUGAUAUCGAAUUACCAGCAAAUUACAAAUCAAGUAACAAUUUCUCAGUGCUUCCAAGUGAUCUUAAAGAAAUCAAAGUCGGAGAGAUCAUAACUAUUACAUUUUCAGCACAUUUUCACGAAAUGAGUGAAAUAGAACAACAAACAAACAUUUUCCCAGAGAUACUUAUAUUUAUAUCCGCAUUUUUCUUACUUAUUUCAUUCUUUAUCGCUUCUUACUACAGAAAACACUUCAGCAGAGGAGAUUCAAUUGCCCCGUCUGAAGUUUGGAUCAGAAGUAAAGUGCAUACAGAUAUUGCAUUACUGGCAUCAUCCGGCGGAGUCAUUGUUUUUACUUUAAUAAUUUUUACAAAAUUAAUUGGAAAUUCUGAGGUUUCGAAUACUCUUAUAUACACAUCCUUAUUUAUCUCAAUGGUUGUUAUAUCCAUUCUUCGUCUGGUGUUCUCAAUUCCUUUUGGAGAAAAUUUCGAAUCUGCAGAUGUUUUUUCAGCGGUUUUACUUAUAUAUACAGUCAGUAUAGCACCACAGAGAUUUUUACAAGCCUCAACUCUGUUGUUUGGCUGCUUUAGAGGACCAAAUGUUUUAUCAACAAUUCUUGGUGACUCUACGUUCUUAUUUUUCUCAUUAGUAUUUGCACAUUGUCUAUGCAAGUCAUACAGAAGAAUUGUUAAGGCUGAACCAGUCAAACAAAGUGCAAUUCCGAAAGAAUCAAUCAGAACUGGUUCUCCAAGCACAUUUUUAACAUAUUUGAUGUCAUUCUUAGCAUCAGUCAUCAUGUUCCCUGCUAUCAAUGACAUAAUUUCUUCUUCUUACAACAAUGUUUUUCCAAAUUAUUUCUUAAUUUCGGCAUCUGCAAUCAUGUACGUCACAGCUGUCUCUAUUCCAGCUAUUAAGAGAAUGGCUAACUGUGUUAUCCUAAGUUGUCCGUUCUGGGUGCCUGCGAACAUGGCAGAAGGAGCUUGGACAACUCUUUUCUGUUUUAUUUUCACGAUUUUCUCUGUUUACUUAAAUGGAGCUUAUCAAUCAUUUGCAGCCAUUUUGAACAUCGGUUGCAUUGUUGUUGCAUUAAUGCUCUCAAUAUUCUGCAUUGGAUUGUUUGGAUCAUUAUCAUUUAGCUUCUUGUUUGCAGCAACAACUUUCCAAUACCCUAAUUACAAAGUUUAA